AUGGCAGACGUUGAGGCCGUCCUAGCUGCCAAGGGCAACGCCCGGCAGACACAGCAGCCCUUGGACGCUCCAAAUCUUCCCGAGGGCGGCAACAAGUUCCAGCAUGCCAUCUCGGCCUGGAGAACCAUUGACUACACGAACCUCAUAUCGAACCUUGAUAACACCGCCUCGGAAAUCGUAACCUAUCAGAGGGACUCGACAGUCCAACGUAAAGAAUUGGCCCAGAAGACGAAGGAAUUUCGAAAGCUUGACGACUCUACAAAGCUGGUUGAGAUCAAGGGCUUGUUGAAGGCGUACCAAACCUUUAUCGACCUCCUCACGAAUCACUCAAAGUCUAUCAACUCGGCUUUCCUCCAAGCAUACACGUCCCUCUCCGAUGCUCCCGAUCCAUACCCACUGCUCGAGGCGUCUGUUGAAUCGAUGCUUGUGUCCGAGGACACCCUGCCGAAGCUAACCGAGGAGAACCAGCACUUACAACAAUCUGUCGCCAAGCUGACGACGCAGCUAGAGGACACCGAGUCGAAGCUGCAGACAGAGUCGGCCGCAAAGAAGGAGCUUGAAAGCACCCUUGAUAGCAGGGUCAAGGAGGUAGAAGCUUCUUGGGUCGCCGUUCUGGACGAAAAGAAGGACAACUGGGCUGCGAAGGAGAGGACAUUGGAAGAAAAGGUGGAAAACCAGGAACGUCUCCUCACCGAAAUCAAGGCGAGCUACGAGGUCAACCAGCGUCUGGGCAAGACGGAUGACGUGAACACCGAGGCUCAAGCUGGCCAUGUUACCAGCGCGGAGAUCGAGAUGCUUCAUUCUGACCUCGAUCGGACAAGCGCACGACUGGCCGAGGUUGAGGCACGAAACGAGCAACUGAGACUGGAAUUGGCACAGGCAAAAACUUCUGUCACCUCGCAAGCGCCAACGUCGCUGGAGGAUGACCCGGGUUACAUGCGCAUGCGAUCAGAAAACUCGUCACUCAUCCGGAAACUCGAUGCUGCUCGGGUCGAAAAGGAGGGCAUCAAGCGUGAUUUAGACUCCCGUCUUCGCGGCCUGGAAAGGGAGGUCGGCCUCCUCAAAGACGAGAGAGAUAACCUGAAGGCUAAAGUGCAGAAAUGGAGUGACUACGAAGACGUGAAGCAGGAGCUCGAGGUGCUCAAGAGCAUCGAAUUUUCAACAGGGGAUGACGACGAUGUGAAGGAAGCUGUUGAGAGUGCGUCAGAGACCAAGAGCCAAGGCGACACGCUUGAGAAACUACUGCUGGCGCGAAACAAGAAGCUCAGCGACGAGCUCACCAUCCUGCGUGUGUCUCACCAAGACCUCCAGACGAAGCUGUCCGAUCUCCAGGAGGAGAUGUCAAGGACCAACAUGGAGCUCGAGAAGUCGCAGCAACUCAACGAACGUCUCGAAAAUGAUCUCGCGACGUUGCAAUCGGAGACUUCAAACGCCUUCCCCUCAGGCGCGUCCGUAGCGGGGACGUUCACCCGCUACGCGCCGUCGGUUGCGCCGGGACGAAGGGGGGGAAGAAUAUCGCCGACAUCAUCCAUCAUUAGUGGGAUCGACCCCCGUAUGUCUGGCGGUGAACCGAUGGGCGGCGGCUCAGGAAUCCUGCCAAUGAUCACGGCACAGCGCGAUCGGUUCAAGAAGAGGAUCACCGAGUUGGAGACCGAGCUGUCCAAUACCCACCGCACGGUGUCGCAGCUGAGGCAAGAGGUAUCGGCUCUGCAGAAGGACAAUCUCAACCUGUACGAGAAGACGAGGUAUGUCUCGACAUACAACCGAGCGGGCCCUUCGGCUACGUCAUCAUCAGCAGCAUACUCAUCCAACCCCAACCCGUCGACGGUUUCGAUUGGAGGCAGCGGGAACCCGGGUAUCACAAUGGAUAGAUAUCGAAAGGCGUACGAGUCGAACAUCUCACCAUUUGCCGCCUUCCGCGGUCGGGAAUCUGCCAGGGCCUACAAGCGAAUGAGCUUCCCAGAGCGGGUGGUAUACUCGGUAACGCGGAUGGUGCUUGCCUCACGCACAAGCAGAAAUCUAUUCGCGGCGUACUGUGUUGCAUUACAUUUGCUCGUCUUCUGCUCCCUAUACUGGCUUGGCACAGUGGACGUGGAGAAGCACGCCAGCAACUUAGGCAAGUCGGCGGCAGCAGCAGCAGCAGCCGCUGGCGCUGGGGGUUUGAAUGGAAAGGUCGGCGAAAGCCACGGCGACUGGCACGAAGAAGGGUUCAGUGGGCACUAG